AGGGCAUUUCUGUCGGAUUCCCCUGCUCCGCAGUCCACAGUAGCCUUUGGGAUACUAAAUAAGGCUGCUGUUUAUUGACAGGAGGGGGUACCCGCAGAGAGACCCCGAGGCAAGUGGACCGGGUGAUGCUGAGCCUCCCGCAAAGGUGGUGCGCUCCGGGUUUGACUAGUCCAAGCUUUCAGGGCGGACUCGGAGCGUUCAACAGGCUGACGGGAUCCUCAGACCCUACUCGAUGCUCUUCUUGCCCACGCUGCGCCGAGCCAUGCUUUCUCACUUCUGGAGGAGCGCUGGGCUGCGUUGGAGGCACACCUCCUCUCUUAAGGUGGCCAAUGAGCCCAUCUUAGCAUUCACUCAGGGCAGCCCCGAGCGGGAUGCUCUUCAGAAGGCUCUGAAGGACCUGAAGGGCCAGACAGAAGCCGUCCCGUGUGUUGUUGGGGACGAGGAGGUGUGGACGUCCAAUGUGCAGUACCAGCUGUCGCCCUUUAACCAUGGACACAAGGUGGCCAAGUUCUGUUAUGCGGACAAGGCCUUGCUCAACAAAGCCAUUGAAGCUGCCUUGGCUGCCAGGAAAGAGUGGGACCUGAAGCCUGUGGCAGACCGGGCCCAGAUCUUCCUGAAGGCGGCAGAUAUGCUGAGCGGGCCACGAAGGGCUGAGGUCCUUGCCAAGACCAUGGUGGGACAGGGAAAGACCGUGAUCCAAGCGGAGAUUGAUGCUGCAGCGGAGCUCAUCGACUUCUUCCGAUUCAACGCCAAGUUCGCCGUGGAACUGGAGGGGGAACAGCCCAUCAGCAUGCCGCCCAGCACCAACCACGUGGUGUACCGGGGGCUGGAGGGCUUUGUGGCAGCCAUCUCACCCUUCAACUUCACCGCAAUCGGAGGCAACCUGGCAGGCGCACCAGCCUUGAUGGGCAACGUGGUCCUGUGGAAGCCCAGCGACACUGCCAUGCUGGCUAGCUAUGCUGUCUACCGCAUCCUCCGGGAGGCUGGCCUGCCCCCCAACAUAAUCCAGUUUGUGCCAGCUGAUGGGCCAACAUUCGGGGACACGGUCACCAGCUCAGAGCACCUCUGUGGCAUCAACUUCACAGGCAGUGUGCCCACCUUCAAGCACCUGUGGAAGCAGGUGGCCCAGAAUCUGGACCGUUACCGGACCUUCCCGCGCCUAGCCGGAGAGUGUGGCGGGAAGAAUUUCCAUUUUGUGCACAGCUCGGCCGACGUGGACAGCGUGGUGAGCGGGACGGUGCGCUCGGCCUUCGAGUAUGGUGGUCAGAAGUGCUCAGCCUGCUCGCGCCUCUACGUGCCACAGUCUCUGUGGCCACAGAUCAAAGGGCGGCUGCUGGAAGAACACAGCAGGAUCAAAGUGGGCGACCCUGUAGAGGACUUUGGGACCUUCUUCUCUGCAGUGAUUGAUGCCAAGGCCUUCGCACGCAUCAAGAAGUGGCUGGAGCAUGCGCGUUCCUCGCCCAGCCUCAGUGUCCUGGCAGGGGGCCAGUGCAACGAGUCGGUGGGUUACUUCGUGGAGCCAUGCAUCAUCGAGAGCAAGGACCCUCAGGAGCCCAUCAUGAAGGAGGAGAUCUUCGGUCCUGUGCUGACGGUGUAUGUGUACCCGGAUAACAAGUACAGAGAGACGCUGCAGCUGGUUGACAGCACUACCAGCUAUGGCCUCACGGGGGCAGUGUUCGCCCAGGAUAAGGCAAUCGUCCAGGAGGCCACGAGGAUGCUGAGGAAUGCUGCUGGCAACUUCUACAUCAACGACAAAUCCACUGGGUCCGUGGUGGGCCAGCAGCCCUUCGGGGGUGCCCGGGCCUCUGGAACCAAUGACAAGCCAGGAGGCCCCCACUACAUCCUGCGCUGGACAUCACCCCAGGUCAUCAAGGAAACUCACCAGCCCCUGGGGGACUGGCGAUACUCCUACAUGCAGUGAGCUCUGCUCAGCACCUAUACGUCUACCUGUCUGUCCAUCCAGAUGACUGACAUCUCUGCACUGACCCCCGGCUCCCCACCAGCUCCUUCUGGACACUUCACAGCUGAGAUUGACCCUGUCCUGGCCAUUGAGCUGUAACCUGACCCCUCUUCCCUUGGAGUCAGGUGACCAGGCUUUGGCUUUGGGUCAUACUGGGAAAGAAGAGCCAAUUCGCCCAGAAAUCUCAUCUGCUACGGAACACCCUGGUGCCUGGCCAGCUCUCCGCCUGGCUGCUUUACUCUCCUUAUCCGAGGCCCCUUGGCUCAGAGACUCUGAGAACAGAGAGAGACACUCUCGGGAGCCUGUGGGGAAAGGAGACAGCUCUGGUGCCCCGCAGCCUCAUCACUCAGACUCCUGACCUUGGCCUCGGCCCCUCCACAUAUCCAAUGAGAUAGGAUCUCAGUCAGGUGGCUGCAGGGGUACCAGCUGGCUUUGCCCCUCGGUCUGCUAGAUGCUCCUGCAGGCACUUGUGCCCAGCCGUAUGCCUUAGACCCAUGUGCCUUCUCUAGGGUGCCUGGGUGUCCCUGAGCCUUCAUCUCUCCUGGCCAUCUGCUGGGAGUGAGCAGUAGUGGUCACCUGGGAAACCUUGAGCUGGGCCUCCAUUCCAUACUCUUGUCUGAGCAGCCAGAUCAGUGGUGGCCAGGGCGAGUUCCUACUUGGGUCCUGGAUGAUCAAGUGUUAUUUUUAGUAGCUUGAGAGCCUGCAGGGUUCCCCUUUAAGGACAUUUGCCAAGGGAUCCACAUACAGCUGAUGUGGCUGUCCCCAAGGGCCACCCCGGGUCACCACGGU